GAGAGAGAGAGGGCGGGCGGGCUUUCGCUUACGGAGGCGGCGCUGACUCAGCCUGGGCCGAAGGAAGCGCAGGGCAAUGGCGCUGAGCCCCCCCGAGCGGCAGCCGGGCCCGCCUGAGCCCCCGCACCCGCCGCCUCCCCAGCAGCAGCAGCAGCAGCAAGAGGACGACGACGAGGCCGAGCUCGACCCCCAGCGGCUGAGCGGCCUGGAGACCGAGUCGGGCGGGAUCCCGCUCCACUCGCCUUGGACCUUCUGGCUCGACAAGUCUCUUCCUGGUACAACAGCAGCUGAAUGUGCAUCAAAUUUAAAGAAGAUCUAUACAGUACAAACUGUACAGAUUUUCUGGAGCGUUUAUAAUAAUAUUCCUCCUGUGACAAAUCUGCCUCUGAGAUGUAGUUACCAUUUAAUGCGUGGAGAAAGACGGCCGUUGUGGGAAGAGGAAAGCAAUGCCAAAGGAGGAGUGUGGAAAAUGAAGGUCCCUAAAGACAGUACGUCCGCAGUUUGGAAAGAGUUAUUGUUAGCAACUAUUGGGGAACAGUUCGCAGACCGCUGUGCCGGAGGUGAUGAAGUAAUAGGGGUUAGUGUCAGCGUUCGUGACCGGGAAGAUGUCGUUCAAGUGUGGAAUGUAAAUGCCUCAUUAGCAAGCGAAGCAACAGUUUUAGAAAAGAUCUAUGAACUUCUGCCACACACAUCUUUUAAGGCAGUUUUUUAUAAACCUCACAAAGAGCAUCAUGCCUUUGAAGGUGGACGUGGAAGACAUUAACAGUACUGAACUCAUGUUGUAAUGAUUAUUUUUGUGAAGAUCAUCACAGUGGAAAGAUGGACAGUACAUUUUGCAAAAGCACCACAACCCCCUGGUUAUUUUAGGUCUCUUUCUAUUCACAUGCAAUCACUGGUGCUCAAAAGAAAGAGAAUUGCUGCCUCAGUUGCUGAUCAGGAUGUUUCUUUGGACUUUACAACAAAAGAAAAAUCACCGUUCAGAUUACCUUCGUGAAUUUUUUUAGGUAGAAGAUUUUCUCGUUGUUUUUCAUUAGCUUUACUGUUCUUAGUUUAAAUGCAAAUAUGCACGGGCAUGAGAUGCUGCUUUCCUUAGACUUGCUGUACUUAGAGACCCAUACCGUGCUGUACGUAGUGAACCAUGGGUUUUUUGGUAAGCCUUAUUGUGAGACAUUCCUGUCAUGCUAAAAUCUUCUCACAGAUUGUCCCGAGAGAUAUUGGAAAUUUGCACUGUGUUAACUUCUAAUGGAGAAUGGGAGAAAUCCAACAAGAAGAGUUCAUUGGACAUGAAUGGAGGUUGCUCAGCAGCUGUGCUGAACGCAUUGAUUUCAGGGUCAUCUGGUUAUGCACUGAUGUUAACCAUGCUGCAAAAUAAUAAUAAGUUUUAAUAAUCACUGGACAGAGAGAGAGAGCCUAGAAACAGAGAUUAGGUUUCUGUAGGUACUUAAUUUUAAAUGCCGGGGUGGGGGCCUUGAACAACCCUUGGACUGGUUAAUGCCUGAUGGCGGACUCCGUGGGAACAUUUGGCCCCACCAGCAGACUCAAUCAAGUGACUGUGAUUUGCUUCCCCCACAAUUGUGGCAGCACUCUUUCACUCACUGCCAUUGUCUUAAUUGCAGCAUGAGGGAGCACUGUCAAGCAUGGAGUAGCAUGUUUGUUCAUCAGUGUUUCCUUUUGGCUGUUUCAACACAACACCUAUUUAGCCAAAUGAGUAAUCCUUCGAUAGUUAAGGUGGAUGGGAAAACACCUUUUGUUUUAAAGGUGGAUAAUCUUGCAUUAUGUAAGCUCUCUCUUUUAAAAGAACACUCUGCUGUGCUCUCUGCUGAAAUAGGAAGGUUCGCAGUCCCAUUUUAGCAUACUUUUGCAAAACAGACCUUCAUCUCCCAUAAAAACAUAAGAGACGCCAAUGUUGGAUCAGGCCAAAGGCCCAUCCAGUCCACCACUCUG